CGAGGAUUUUAAUAAUAAAUUUCGCUUUCAAGAUAAACAUCAAUAAUUGUAUAAUAUUUUUUUUAAAUGAAAGUUUUCAUUGGGUCAUUUCAUCGGUUGAUAAUUAGUUUAUCGGUUUAUAAAUUGAUAAACAAAACGAAAGUCAAACUAAAAUAGUAACCAAGGUGUUAUUUUCUAUUCAACAAAAUGUUUCUGGUUCGCCUGGUGAUUUUUGCUUUGGUGUACAUUAAUUUUACAAGCGCAGGUGAAUACUGUAGGACACAUGCGGAUCAUCGGAAGAUAUACCCAAACCCUGCCAACUGUUCACAAUUCAUAAUGUGUCAAGGCGCGACCGAUGUUUUCAUGGAGUGUCCGGCGGGUUUAAUUUUCAAUUGCAUUACCUCAGAGUGUGACUGGCCAGCCAACGGAUCCCUCCCAAAUGAUUGGUGCGACCCCCCUACCGCGGUUUUCGAGAAAGAACAUUACUGCGAUUGCUCAAAAUACGUUUAUUGUAUGAAUGGGAUACCUAGUAUACAAAAAUGUGCAAAAAACCCUGGAAUAGAUGUAUGUAAUAGACCACAAUGUAAAAAAGUUGUGGUGUAAUUAAAUGUACUUUUUCAACGAAAA